AUGGUGGACACAAUAGCACCAGAACUAGGCCAUCUAGAGGAUUCUGACAUCACCAAACUCUCAGCUAGGAUCAGAAUCCUCCUGGAUGCUUUUGAACCGCUUACUAUGGACUCAAUGGUUGACUUCUCUACUGGUGAAGAAGUCUCAAUUACCUUCGAAUACGAGAAGAUUGCCAACUAUUGCACUAUCUGCAAAAAACUGACACACACCUCCCGUACCUGCAACAUGAAAGAACCACAUCAGAGACGUGCUGACUACAACAACCACGUUGUUGAUGAGGGUUAUGGAGUACUUACUGUGGUCGACGCAACUCCUCACAGGGGGACAUGA